ACAAAAAUUUAGGUGAAUAAUUGUUUACAUGUCCCAAAGAGAGAGAGAGAGAGAGAGAGCGUCUUCUUUGUCAAGAUCUAGGGUUUCCUAUCUUCUCUUUUUUCACAUACAACAACUGCAAAUCCAUCUUUAAUUAGUUGGUUUUUUCUCUAUUUGGUGAGUUUUCAAUCGCCAAGAUCGAUACCUCGAGUCUUCUAAACAACUUUUUUUUUCUGUGUCAUGUCUUGUAGUAAGACGAGAGAAGCUACUUUGAUUAAUUAUGGUCAUUUCUGAAGUGGCCCUAAUCCCUAGUUAAUUCAUUUUUAGUUGCAGUGAAUCUCUCUAGCCCUAAAAGUUUCUUCUCAAGCUCUGUUUAUGUCGCUCAUGGGGUUGAAUUUAUUUUAGUUUUAGGUUUGGAAGGAAAGAAAAAGUAAGAAAGAAAGGAAGCAGAGAGGAGAAAAAAAGAAAGAUGGAGGGAAGUGAUAAAACUGGAUGCUCCAAGACAAGAGCCUGCAGACAAAAUCAAGAUGAAAGUGAGAGUGGAGAAAAUGAUGAAGAUGGAAACAAGGUUAAAAAUGGAGGAAGUUCAAGUAAUAGCACAGUUGAAGAGAGCGAAAAGAAGUCUUCAGUGAGGCCUUAUGUCAGAUCCAAGAUGCCUAGGCUUCGAUGGACGCCUGAGCUUCAUCUUUGCUUUGUUAAAGCUGUGGAAAGACUUGGUGGACAAGAGAGAGCAACUCCUAAAUUGGUUCUUCAGCUGAUGAAUGUCAAUGGGCUGAGCAUUGCUCAUGUCAAGAGUCAUCUACAGAUGUAUAGAAGCAAGAAGAUCGAUGACCCAAGUCAAGCCAUGGCUGAUCAUAGACAUCUUGUGGAAAGUGGAGAUCGAAAUAUUUAUAACCUCAGCCAACUUCCCAUGCUACAAGGAUACAACCAACGCCACGGUUCCAGCUACAGAUAUGGAGAUGCUUCUUGGAAUUCUCGCGAAAGCUUUGUUUAUAAUCCUCAUAUGGGUCGGUGCUUGGUCGACGAAACCAGACAAGGAUUUUAUGGGACAGUAGCUGAGAGGAUCUUUGGAGGCAACAAUACUAGCAAUUGGACCAAUUGCAAGCUCCAAACAGGCGCCUCCUCCUUUCGUUCCCAGUUUAAUUGGAAAGCAGAAGAGCAGCUGAAAGCUGAACAACGACGACCGUCGCAAAAUCCAAAAUUCUGGCAAACUCAACCAAGUUCAAGCUUUACCCAGCUGAACCCAGCUGCCCAAGUUCUGAAUAGAAGUAAUAUCAAUAUCUUUUCAGACAUGAAAUCAGAAACUAAUCUGCAAGAGUUGAAGUCACUGAAAAGGAAGGCUACAGAUUGCAAUCUUGAUUUGGAUCUUUCACUGAAGCUAACACCAGCAAGUGAUGGUAGCCGAAGAAGUUUGGAGGAGAGUGAAGUUGAUAGUGAGUUAUCUUUAUCCCUGUACUCACCAUCAUCCUCAAAGCUUAGCAGAUUGAAGGGACUAGGUGAGGAUGAUUAUAAUAAUAAUAGUAACAAUAAAGAAGAUGCAAAAAGGGCAAGUACUCUGGAUCUGACUAUAUGAAUGAGACAAUUCUAAGUGAGAUCUUGAGGUACUUGCUCAAAACAAUGCAUUUUAUUAUUGUCUUUACGACUAUACAAAUUAACAGCCAA